AUCACUAUACAACUAAUGUAUUCAGUAAUAUAUAUCAGAAUAUGCAAAGAACCAAUUUUUGAUAUGAAGAGACGAAAUGAUAAAGAAAGUUAUUUGCCAGUCGGAAGAAAUUUGAAGGAAAAAUAUCCUACCGUUGUAACUGGGUAUUUUGAUAUAGGAUCGUUUCAUAAAGGGAAAAGCCAUUUCCGAAAUCAGAAUUUUUACUACAAAGUAGCAAAUAUAUUUUCCUAUCUCCAAAAUUCACUUGUCGUUUACACAGAUUCACCAGUGUUUUUAAAUCAUAUUAAAUAUAUAAGAAGUAAAAAUCUAAAUAAAACAAAAAUAAUUUUCUUUGAAAGGUCUUCUGCAUGGUCUUUUCAAAUUAUUGAUGACAUAAAACGGAUAUAUAAUAUUGAAGGCUACACUAGACGAAACGCGAGUAAAGUUUCACCAUUGUACACAUGUGCUAUGCAUUCGAAAUAUUAUUGUUUAAAACAAGCUGCAGAAUACAAUUACUUUAACACAAAAUAUAUAAUGUGGUUGGAUGUUGGAUACUUUUGGAGACUUAAAGCAAAGCGACCAUUCUUUCUGAGAAGGCCAUUGAAGUUUAAUGAUUCACAAAUAGCAAUGAACAAAAUAAACACUGGUCGCAGUAUACCAUCAAGUCCAGUUGACAUAAUUAGGAAAAGUCAUUUACAAGUUGGAGGCGGAUUAGUGUUUGGUGAAAUACAUAAAAUGAUCAAGUUUUCAUCUCAGUACAGACGAGCAGUCGAAUAUUUUUUGUCGAAGAACUUAACAAACACAGAUCAACAAAUCUUAUAUGGCAUGUUUACAGAGGAAGGACAAAAAGCUAUCUGCCCUGAAGUUGAGAUUCAAACAUAUGGAACGGCUGACAAUCGCGACUGGCAUUUCCUAGGUAAUAGUAUGGUGGAGCAUGAAAAUACCUAAUUUUAAAGUGCGGUCUUGCGUUAAUUUUUCUUAAAAAUAUAGCAAUUAUAUGUUUGCUUUAUCAUAUGAACACUUACAUUAAAUGACACCUUCUGAAUGAUGAAGCCGAUUACACAAAACUGUUUGAUUUAGCUCUAGGUUUUUACGUAUGUUGAUGCUGAACGUAUAUCAGAAAACUCAUCUUUAAUGAAGAAUUUUAUUCGGUAUGAAUACAUUAUAGUGAAAUUGCAGCUACGGUUUAUUAACAUUAUUCUACGUCAUUUAUUUUAAAUAUACCCAUUCUUUGCCAUGUUAAAUAUAUCAAAUCUUACAAAGUGACAAAGUCGGAUAUAUUUGAUGUACACUUAAUCGUAAAACUGCAAAUAUUCCUGUUCAGAUGCAGUACCUAAAUAUUAUUAUAAAAUCACAGCAAAGGACUUCAAGUGUUGUUGAUUGAUGGAAUGACUUAUGGAAUUUAUUCGAUGUGUUCUUCGCGAGAACUUACAUAUAUUAGAGACAAAGCAUUGAAGCCUGUAGUAGGGUAUUUCAUCAAACCUUUUUAGGUCCGAGACCCUAAUACUUACCAAGUCAAAAUCAUGAAAAAUGUGAAUGUUACGCGGCAAAAAUUAUCUAAAAGACUUCGAUUCUCCAUUGUUUAAAACACUUAUAUAUAAAGUGUCUUGGGAGAAAAGUCUCAAUUAUGUUUGUAACGUAUAUGUCAUUUUCCCCUGAGGCAAAUCAUUGUUUACUGACCCAGUUUUGAGACAUCAUGUAAAUUAUAAUCCAGAAUAUUCUAUUGAGUUCUGAAACAAUAUUGAUAAACAGUGUAUGACAGAUAUUUUUAGGAAAAAUGUCUUUGAUUUUUCCAAAAUGUUUUUAUUCUUUGUAUUGCUUGAAAGUUCUGGAACCUUCCCUGAUACUUUAUAUAGAGAACUGUGUAUUGUAAAAAUAAGAGUCUAAGGACCUAAAAAAAGAAGAUAUAGAUGAAACUUUCUGUAUUUAUUAUCAGUUUGGAUGUUUGAUGAAGAAUUAUUAGAAGGAUAUAUAUUAAAAUUUCUGAAUUUUAAAAGUUACCUCCGAAGAGAGGAAUAAUAAUUUUUAGAUAUACUAAAGUUACUUUUGGACUGUGUGAAACAUUGAGGAAUAUAUUCUGGUUGGUUUUUGAAUUUGACCCGGACAGAUUUUGGACUACUUUUAUAUAGAAGAUUGUAUUUUACGACUCUUUGACAUUUUUGAAGGUAUUUGAAUUGUAGUUAAAUUCAUGAAUACAAAUUUGAUAUCGUUAAUAGUCGCUAGUUUGUCUUUCUGAUACUUUUAUUUACUAAAAUACGAACUUGUUAUCCUCUGACGUAACAUGUUGCAUACUAGACUCCUACUGGACUGACUGAAAUUCAUUCAGAGACCAUUCCAUUAAAAGACCACUUCUUAGCAGUCCCUUGGGUGGUCCCUUAACACAAUGUGAACUUAUAAAGGCCUAACUGACAUUAACUUUUUAUAGCUCGGUGAAUCAAAUUCGGUUGGGUCUAGACUAUUUAGAUGUUUGUUAAGUACAAUAUUUAUGUUGUAACUGUAAUAAUCAUCUUUAAGUUUUUCAAAACUGUAAUCGUCAUCAUCUAUUAUUGCGAUAACGGUUUUCUCGAUGUAGUAUUUGUUUAUUAUCUUUCUAAACCUUCUUAUGAUUGAUUUAAAAUGUUGAAAUUUUACUUGUUAGAAUUCCUCUGACGGCUGAUAGACAAAACCAAUAUAAUUGCAUUGUUGAGAUCAUCUAAAACACAUGCUAAAUGUGUAAUUAUGCCGAUGGUGUUAUUCCGGUUAAAAUACUUCACAUUUCGUUACUUGCAGAAGAAGUUUACAAAUUGAUUCAAACACGCUGGUAUUUUUUAAAUGUUCGAUAAAUUGAUAAUUUUUUGGAUUACAUAUCACUUUGAUAUUUUGCACCUUUUAAAAGAAUGCAGUAAUUAACACACAUGAUAACUUUGUUUUGAUAUUACAUUGUCUAAAAGAAGUGUAUAUAUUUUGUAAUGAGUGAUGAUAUAAAUAUCUGUGGCUAAAACAAUCUUAAUAACAACAUGUAUAUAUUACCUUAGUCGGAAAAUUAAGGGAUUUCUUUUCUAAAAAUAGGUAUCAGAAAAUGAUUGCAUGCUUUUUAUUACA